AUGGUUGCCCAGGAGAUCAGAUGCGACGAAGCAGACUUGACCUUCAAGGCUUUGGUGGAAGACCUCAAGGACAACACCACGGUCACGCACAUCGACCUCAAAGGGAGCAAGAUCGGCGAUGCGGGUGCUGAGGCUGUGGCAAAGUGCCUCAAGGAGAAUUCUGCGGUCAUGCGUAUCAACCUCACAUUCAGCGGCAUCGGUGCUGCGGGUGCUGAGGCCCUGGCGCAGGGCCUCAUGCAAAAUACCGCGGCCACGCGCAUCGACCUCGGAAUGAACGACCUCGGCGAUGCAGGUGCUGAGGCUUUGGCAGGGUGCCUCAAGAAGAAUUCCAGGAUCACGUGCAUGAACCUCGGGAUGUGCGGCAUCGGCGAUGCAGGUGCUGAGGCUUUGGCAGGGUGCCUCAAGGAAAAUACCACGCUCACGUUCCUCAGCCUUGAGUUCAACCUCAUCAACGAAGCAGGUGCUGAGGCUUUGGCCGGCUGCCUCAAGGACAAUUCGUCGGUCACCCACAUCGAUCUCUCAAACAACAGCCUCCUUCCUGCAGCUCUCGGCGGCGCAAUGGAUGCCAUUGAGACGGCCCUCAAGCGCAACCGUGAUGUAGCCAAGCAGGUUCAGGCUGUGGAGAGUGACGAGGAGCCAGAGGGCCCGUCAGUGCUCCCGGGACAUCCGCGCAUGCAGGCUUUGGUGCAGCUCUUGGAGGAGAACUCCGUGGCCGACUCCCUCGAACUGGCUGGACACGCCAUCGGCGCUGCAGGUGCUGAGGCUUUGGCCGGAUGCCUGAAGCUCAAUUCCACCGUCACGCGCAUCAACCUCACACGCAACCACCUCUUUGAUGCAGGUGCUCAGGCUUUGGCAGGGUGCUUCAAAGACAAUUCCACGAUCACGUGCAUCAACCUCGCAGAAAACAUCAUCGGCGAUGUGGGUGCCAAGGAGUUGGCAGUGGGUUUCAAGCACAAUUCCGCGGUCACGCACAUCGAGCUGGAAAACAACAACGUCGGCGCUGCAGGCGCUGAGGCUUUGGCAGGGUGCCUCGUGGAAAAUUCCACGGUGACGCGCCUCGACAUCUCAUCGAACAACAUCGGCGAUGCAGGUGCUGAGGCUCUGGCAGGCUGCCUCAGGCUCAAUUCCGCGGUCACCCGCCUCGACCUCGCAAGCAACAAGAUCGGCGAUGCGGGUACUGAGGUUCUGGCAAGGUGCCUCAAGGAGAAUUCCACGGUCACGCACAUCAACCUUGGGCUGAAUAGCAUCGGCGAUGCAGGUGCUGAGGCUUUGGCAGGGUGCCUCGAAAGCAACGACACAGUCACGCACAUCGAGCUCGCAUACAACUUCAUCGGCGCCACAGGGGCUGAGGCUUUGGCAGGGUGCCUCAAGCACAACACCACGGUCACGCACAUCGACCUUGCAAACAACCACUUCGCAAGCCCUGAGGCUUUCCGUCCGCCGCCUGAGGCCCUCCGAGCCAUUGAGGCGGCCCUCGAGCGCAACCGUGAUCUGGCACAGCGGGCGCAGGCGCCGGCCCCUGCCUCGGCCCAGCCCUAG